GGCCGCGGGGAGGGGCCGGGCCAAAGCGGCGGCAGGAAGCGGGGCGGGGACUCGCGGAGGCUGUGAGGAGCGGGAGGGCGCGGCCAACUCCCGGAGGGACGUCAGGCUGCGAGAGCGGCGCCGGGGUCUGGCGCGGAGCCCGCGUCCGCCGGACGGGAGGCGAUCCCGCCCCGGGCUCGGCCCGGCCCCAGCGCUGCUACCAUGGCCGGCCGGACCGUGCGGGCUGAGACCCGGAGCCGGGCCAAAGAUGACAUCAAGAAGGUGAUGGCGACCAUCGAGAAGGUCCGGCGAUGGGAGAAGCGCUGGGUGACAGUGGGUGACACUUCCCUUCGUAUCUUCAAGUGGGUGCCCGUGGUGGACCCCCAGGAGGAGGAGCGACGGCGGGCAGGUGCUGGGACAGAAAGAUCCCGUGGCCGAGAGAGGCGUGGCAGGGGCACAAGUCCCCGAGCAGGUGGCCCUCUCAUCCUGCUGGAUCUCAAUGAUGAGAACAGCAACCAGAGUUUCCAUUCUGAAGGCUCCCUGCAAAAGGGUACUGAGCCCAGCCCUGGGGGCACCCCCCAGCCCAGCCGCCCUGUGUCACCUGCUGGACCUCCAGAAGGGGUCACUGAGGAGGCUCAGCCCCCACCGCUGGGCCAAGAGAGAGAACCCACGGCCAUACCUGCAGGCGGGACUGAUGAACCCCCAAUGCUGACCAAGGAGGAACCUGUCCCAGAAUUGCUGGAAGCUGAGGACUCAGGAGUAAGAAUGACCAGGAGAGCCCUGCAAGAGAAAGGCCUGAAGACAGAGCCCCUCAGGAGGCUCCUGCCCAGGAGAGGCCUCCGGACAAAUGCCCGGCCCAGUUCUGCAGUGCCAGAUGCCAGAGCCCCGGGGGGAGGAAGCAAGGCACCAAGGGCACCUAGGACGAUCCCCCAAGGGAAGGGAAGGUGAGCCAGCUUCCCAGCAAGGCCAGGCCCUGAAGCCUCUCGGUUCCCACCUCCAUACCCAAGCUGGAGCAUCCAGGGUGAACGCCCUGCACCUAUGCCUCCACCCUACCUUUCCUGCCCACAAGUGGGCCUCAUGGUGUGGAAGGCGGCAGAACUGGGACCACACUGGGCGCCUGAGGACCUUUCCUUGUGUGCAGAGAUGGGUGCACACCAGAGGCCUUGCCACUUCCUCGGAUACCUGCACAGCUACCCGCCAAACUUCCUCAAGUGGGUGUGCCGAGCGGCAGCACCUUGACUUGGGCAGAGUGGGGCCAUUCUCGCAGGCACACAGCCACACAGACUGCAGACAGCAAGGGAUACGUGCGAGGAGCUUGCUAGCAUCAGAGUCCUGCCCUUCCCUUUGUGGCUUGUGGGGUGGUGACCCCUAGUGCCAGGACGAAGCUGUUGUUUCCCCUCAGACGCUGAGCCAUCGCCAACCUGGGAGUCUCACAGCCUAGAGGCCUUCAAGCCUGCGGACCCGCGUGGAGGGGCCAAGGGAGACUGCUGGCACAGCCCUGAGCCGGCCAGCCGCCCUGGAAACGCCCCAGCUGGAGAAACUCCUGGGGAAGGAGCCCCGAGUGCUUGCAGGAGGGGUUUUCAUCAACGUCUGACUUCCAGACUUUAUCAGGCGUCACACUAAUCAUAGUGUCCCCAUCUGUUGCGGGCUUAUUGUGUGUCAGUCAUUGCGAUUUAUGGGAAUUAUUUCAUUUGAUCCUCACAACAUCCCUGUUAUAGGUAUUGUCAGCAUUUUACAGAUGGAGUAACUAACUCUCCAAGAGGUUAAGGAACUUGCCCAAAGUCAGACACAGCCCGUUUGUGGCAAAACCAGCAUUCGGACCCAGUAUGCCUGCCUGACUCCAUAGCCCCUCUACAAUACGGCUCCUUGUGCUGAACAUGUGGGAAUAAGGCUCUUAGUUUGCCAAGGUAUCCACGUAUGUGCAUAUGUUUUUUCUCAGUGCAGAUUGUAUAGAAUACUUCUAUACAGAAGCAAGCAGAUACUCCCAGGAGGAAAAUGAGCAAUUGUAGCAAUGACUGAGAUGAAAUUUGGGGGAACGUAGAUGAUUCUUCAGACCAGUGCUCAGACUCAGCCCGUGGAUCCGGGAAUGAUAUCUUUUAACAACUGUAAAGAGAUGAUGGUGAAGGAAGCAUAAUUCCAGACUAGUUCUGGGUGGAGAUUUCCUGGAGGCCAGGGAAGAUGGCUUCUGUAUACCAUUUGCUAUCACACUGGGUUGCUUGGGAAAUUCAAAGCACAAAACUUGAUAAAGUUUCCAAAUUCCCAACAGAUACUAAUCUGCUGGAUUUAGGAAUGAAAAUUGAAAUUCUUGAAAAUUCCUGAAAUCUAUUAUUCUUUUUCAUGACUUUCUUUUUUAAACAAAUAAAUACAAAUUUAGUAGUAGUUUUAAAAAAAACUAUAGGCCAUAGAAAAUAUUCAAAAAGUGGAAAAUGUCAGCAAACACUAUUGGUAAUAGUUCAAUAGCAAAAUGUUUAAAUAUUUAACUAGAUUAACAGCACUACACAGUCGUGUUGAAAUUGCCGAUAUCAGGAGUUAUUUUCAGGACAUUUUAUUCCUUGGACCAUCAUAGAAUUUGUAUAAAAUAUAGUAUGCAUAUAAACAUAAUUUCUCAGCACACAGGCCACGACUUUUAAUAUGCCAACAGCUACAAAAAGUCAUUAAGCUGUGACAAUGUCUCCUAUGGGCUUCUGUUCCAAGUUUCAGAAAUGUCUACAUUAACUUUACAUUCCACAUGUAAUGUAUCCUUUUCUCAUUUUUCACUUAUAUCAGUAAUUCCUUCAAACUAGGAACUCUUCUAUGUUGUCAAGAGUUGUCAAAAGUAUAGUCUUUUUUCCUUGCAGAUCAUGUUUGAGAUUCAGAAAACACACAUUUCCCAAUGAAUUCCAGGAAGGAAUUCCUGCCUAAAAACACUAUCCUGCGCUGAGCAGGACUGGAAGGAAAGUCUGCUGCAGAAAUAUUUAGUAUUUUGUCAAGCUCAGCCAUUGAGGCAUCUCAAAUGUCAGAAGCCUCAGAAUCAGAGGAUCUAAUAUAGAUUCCCGCUUUGCAGUUCCUAGUUGUGGGACCUGGGAUGAGUCCCUUUACUCUCUGAGCUUCAGCUGAAUGGAUAAAAUAAUGACUUGGGAUAAUGUGCUUACUUUGUGAGACAAUUUUGUAGAAGGGCUGAAAGGGUGGCUUUGGAGUCGGACAGUCUGAGGUUCAAAUCCUAACUCCAUGACUUACUACCUCUUUGAUUUGGGGCAAGUUCUAACCACUCCAUGAAUUUUCUCUUCUGUAAAAUGGGGACACUGACUGAGUCUAUUUCAUAGUGUUUUUGGUGAGUUUAAAUUAGAUUACAUAUGAAAAUGCUUAACAUGGAGCAUGGUAUGUUGUAAAUGCUUGACAAAUGUGGACCAGUUAUCCGCUGCAUCUACCUCACAGGGCAGUUGUGAGGAUGAAAGGGGGAGGGAUGGUGGGAAAGUGUUUUCUAAGCUGUGAAAUGUUACCACAUGCUUCUCUUUUCUCGAGUAUUCUAGGGAGCCUAAGAAUACUUAAUUAUAUUCAUAAACAGUAAAUGUGUUGAGGAGAUAUCAUCAUGGUUAGCUGGAAAACAGGGUGCAAAGUGCUUUCAGGUGAGAGUCAAGUGGGCAAACUCUAGCAUGGUAUAAUUGCACUCUUGGGGACAAGAAGAAAGCUGAUGUUCAAGGAAUCUUUGGAGAAAGACAGGUUUUUUUCCAGUCGGAUUCAGUAGGAAGAGAGCAUAUAACAAAUGGUUGUGAUGGGGGCUUUCUAAAUCUUGUCUGGAACUUAUUGAUACAAGGCUGGAUUUAGGCAACAUUCCCAUUAGCUAGAAACAGUGCGUCCUCUCCCUGCUGCAGGUGCAAAUGUGAUGCCCUUCUUUUCCUGGAAUUUAGAUCAAGCAUGGUUCAAAAUGAUCUCAUGUAAUCCAAAGAUGCUCUGAUGUAAUCCUGACAGCAGCCCCAUAAAGUACAUAAUAGCACUACUGCAUUAUUUUAGAUGCGGUGUGGAGUCUGGGAAAGUUAUGCCCACAGUCACCCACCUUCUAUGUCUCGGAGUCAGGAUCCAGAGUCGAAGUCUUUCACCAGCACUGAACUCUCUUAGCCCACCGGGUGCCAGAUUGCUGACCUGGAGCAAGGAAGAAAAUCCAGGUUUAUAAGGUUUUGAUGCCCGAUUGUCCUCCUGUCUUGCCUUUGGUAACAGUUGUCUCUCCUGAUAUUGCUCUUACUUCUCUGAACUGUUUCUUGCUGCUUUUCUCUGCUUAGCCCUUAAGUCUGGGUCUUUGUACCCAGUCCCUGGACUUUACACAGUUGAUGCCUUCCAUUCCUAGUCACCACUUCCAGUCCACAGUGCCCUUGUGAGCACCAGCCUGGUCAAGCAACUGCCUCCUUGACGUGUACUCUCUGAAGCUCCCAGGUUCCGUCUGAUGCACAUCUUUCCUUUUACACAGCUCUCCUGGGGUUCCCCUCACCACCCCGCUUUACCAUGGCCUCUAUUGGGCGGCGGGGGGGGGGACACGUCUAGGAAGCCUUCAGUGAAAAGGACUUUUCUUUUUUUCUGUUUUCUGUUUUUUUGUUUGUUUGUUUGUUUGUUUUUUGAAACAGGGUCUCACUAUGUAGUUUAGGCUGACCUUGAACUCACUGUGUGGUCCAGACUGGCCUCAUAUUCAGAGUGAUCCUCCUGCCUCAGCCUCACAAGUGCUGGGAUAUCAGGUGUGCACCACCACACCUGACAGAAGAAGCCUCUUGAAUAAGUUCUUGGGGCUAGUAGACUGUUGGGUAUGUUCUGAGAGCUGCCAACGGUUUAGAGGAGAACUUGGAGAGUGGAGUUUAUGUCCUCAGCUGUCUGCUGGGUACCCAGUAAUGAGCCAGACCUAGAGGCUGAAGUGGAAGACGCAUCCACGAGGAAAGGACAGGAGCCCCAGCUUCAGGAAGCUCCAGGCCACUGGAGAAGACAAACAUUAAGCAGUCCUCCGAACUACAAAACUUCUGAGGGUUUUGAUGGAGAAGUUCAGGACGGGUGCCAUGAGAGAACUGGAAGGGGGAGGGUGAAAAGACGUUUUUGAGAAAAUGAAAAUACUGUCUCCCUGAGACCUGAGCAGGGGAGAAGAAUUCAAUAUAAAGGCAACAGUGGGAACAUAGCCAGAGGCAGGCAAGAGCUUGGUAUGCUGGGAAAACGGAAAUAAGAUCCGUGGACUGGAGCUGAUGGUGUCGGGACUGGAUGAGGGCAGGGGCAGAGAUCUUGAGGGCCAUAGUAAGGAACUUGGAUUAUUUGGUUUCACUUUAUAUUUGGAAAUAAUUUCAAAGUUAUAGACAGUAAUUAUAGUUACAGAAAGUAACUAGAAACCUGGUUUUUGUCUCACUUCAAUGGAAUGACAUGAUUCAGUGUGUGUAUAAAUCCACUUGACUACUGUGUGAGAAUUCAUUGUAAGCACUGGAGUCAUAGAGCCGACUACAAAAGACAUCCGUAUAUCCUUUGCCCAAAACUCACCUACUGUUAACAUUUACAGUGUGCCACUUGUCACUUUCACUUCAUCUUCAACAUAGAUAUAUGACUUUGAUUCUGAACUAAUGAGAGUGAGUUAAAUAUAUCAUAGUCCUUUACCCCUAAAUACAGUGCAUGUUCCUACCAUAAUACAGUUACCCACUUCACUAAAUUUAAUAAUGACACACUAUCCCAGCUAAUUCACCCAUAUCUUUAGUCACUUGUCUCUGUCUCUGUGUCAAAUAAGCCUUUAUAUAACAUUUUUUCCCUUUAGUACAGGAGCUGGUCUGGGAAUGAUGUGUUGUAUUAUGUUGUUAUUUCUCUUUAGAACCUUUUAUUCUGGAGUGGUUAGCCUUUCUUUGUCUUUUAUGAUGUUGAAAUUUUCAAAGAAUUCAGUCUUCUUUAUUUUAAUAGAUUGUUUCUUCUUUUGCA